AUGAAGUCCUUUACCACUACCGGGGCCGACUCGCCGCCGGCUGAAAAGGACGACAGCGGCAAACAUGGUCCCGACGCCGACAUUGAGCGUCUCGCCCACGAGGGCGGCGGCUCCUCCAUCGCCGAGGGCCACGUCCAGCAAGACAGGCUGAGGCGCGCCCUGUCUGCGCGGCAGGUCCAGAUGAUUGCCAUUGGCGGCACCAUUGGCACGGGCCUGUUUCUCGGCACCGGAAAGUCGCUGGCUACGGGCGGGCCGGCGUCGAUGCUCAUCUGCUACGCCAUUGUCGGCGCCAUCGUCUUUGUCACGAUGCUGUCGCUGGGCGAAAUGUCGGCGUUUAUACCCGUCGCGGGUAGUUUUUGCACAUUUGCGAGCCGCUUCGUCGACGAUGCUUUCGGUUUCGCCCUCACCUGGAACUACUGGUUCAACGACGCCGUCUCCACCGCGUCCGACCUCGUCGCCCUGCAGCUGCUGCUCGACUACUGGCACACCAACUUCCCCGGCGUCGCCUUUAGCCUCAUCUUUUGGGUCGUCCUCAUCGCCGCCAACAUCAUCACCGUCCGCGCCUACGGCGAGCUCGAGUACUGGCUGUCGCUGCUCAAAAUCAUCACCAUCAUCGCCUUUAUAUUCGUCGGCAUCGCCGUCAACGCCGGCGGCAACACGGCGCAUCACUACAUUGGCGGCGAAAACUGGCAUCUCCCCGGCGCGCCCUUUGUGGGCGGCAUCGGCGGCUUCGCGUCCGUGUUUGUCACGGCGAGCUUUGCGUAUGGCGGCACAGAGUCCAUUGCCAUUACGGCGGGCGAGACCAAGAACCCGAGCAAGAACAUGCCGCGCGUCGUGAAAAAUGUGUUUUGGCGCAUCCUGCUCUUUUACAUUCUCUCGAUUCUGCUCAUCGGCCUCAACGUGCCGUACACCAGCGACGGCCUCGAGAACAAGGACUCGCGCACCUCGCCGUUUACCCUCGUGUUCCAGAUGGCGGGCGCGCAGGUCGCGGGCGGCAUCAUCAACGGCGUCGUCAUCACGAGCGUCUUGUCGGCCGGCAACCACGCCCUGUUCGCGGGGUCGCGCCUGCUGUACACCCUGGCGAUGCAGCGCCACGCGCCCCGCGUCUUUGCCCGUCUGAACAAGGGCCAGGUGCCCUGGGUCUCGGUGCUGGCGACCAGUUUGGUCGCUGGCUUGUGCUUUGGGUCUAGCUUUAUCGGAGCCGGCCAGCUCUGGGCCUGGCUGCAAAAUAUUGUCGGUGUGUCGAACCAGCUCAGCUGGAUCUCGAUUGGCAUCGCCUCGAUCCGUUUCCGCAGCGGCCUCGAGGCUCAAGGCAAAACCCACCUCUUGCCUUUUAAAAACUGGACGUAUCCGUGGGGGCCCUGGUGCUCCGUGAUUCUCAACAGUUUUCUCGUGCUGGUGCAGGGCUGGAGCUCCUUUAAAGGUGGCUUCCACGCCGUCGACUUUGUCAGUCUAUACGUGGAGCUGCCCGUCAUGCUCCUCAUGUUUUUGGCGUGGAAGUUUUUGAAGCGCACCAAGUUCGUCAAGGCCGAGGAAAUGGACCUGGAAACGGACGUUUACAGUCCCGAACUGGACGAGGAGGACGACGAGUAUUCUGGGCCCGCGUGGCGGUCGAGAUCGAAAAAGGUGCUUAAUUGGCUGUUUUAG